CCAUUAUGAAGACGCUGGGGAUUUUGGUUUCUGCUGCCCUGUUCCUGGGGUCCGCCUCUGCUGCCACUCUUGGAGUGGUGUACACUGAGGGAGGCAUGGUGCAGGGGAAGAACAUCAAUUCUGAUGGACUGUUCCGCACCAUGGACGUCUUCAAAGGAAUCCCCUUUGCUGACAAACCCGGCAAGUUUGAGAAGCCCAAGCGUCACCCCGGAUGGGAUGGUGUUCUCAAGGCCACUAAGUUCAAACCGAGGUGUAUGCAGCUGAACCUGCUCCAGUCAGACACCCGUGGCCAAGAGGACUGCCUCUACCUGAACAUAUGGGUCCCUCAGGGCAGCAGCGUCUCCACUGGUCUGCCAGUAAUGGUGUGGCUCUAUGGAGGUGGUUUCCAGGUUGGUGGCUCUAUGGGCGCUAACUUCCUGGAUAACUAUCUGUAUGACGGGGAGGAGAUUGCCAACAGAGGCAAUGUAAUCGUGGUGACCCUGGGUUACCGUGUGGGCACCCUGGGCUUCCUCAGCUCUGGAGAUGCCAGCGGACCUGGUAACUAUGGUUUGUGGGACCAGCACGCUGCCAUUGCUUGGGUAAACAGGAACAUCCGUGCCUUCGGAGGAGACCCCAACAACCUCACCAUCUUCGGGGAGUCUGCCGGCGCUGUUAGCUCCAGCUUCCAGACACUCUCUCCCCAUAACAAAGGGCUGAUCCGCAGGGCAAUCUCCCAGAGUGGUGUUGCUCUCUGCCCCUGGGCUAUCAACAGGAACCCCCGUGCCUUUGCAGAGAACGUUGCUGAGAAGGUGGGCUGCCCCAAGGAUGAUCAGAUGAUGGCCUGCCUGAAACUUGUUGACGCUAAUGUUCUCACUCUGGCCGGUACCAUGGCCCUGGGUGGUUCUCCCUCCACCCCCAUGGCAGACAACCUGGUCCUCUCCCCUGUGAUCGAUGGGGACUUCCUGCCUGAUCACCCAGGCAACCUGUUCCACAACGCCGCUGACAUUGAUUACCUCGCCGGGGUCAACAGCAUGGAUGCCCACCUCUUCGCUGGCCAGGACAUCCCCAAUAUCAACAAUCCAAGCGCAAACGUCCCCGUGUCAGACGUGAUCCUGCUCUUGAGUUCUUUGACUAAAGGAGAGGCCGCUACAAACAACGCUUUCGCAGAGUACACGGCUGACUGGGGAGAUGAGCCUAGCCAGAAGACAAUCAAGAAGACCGUUGUUAUGAUCGAAACUGACUACAUCUUCCUGGUUCCUACCCAGGUUGCUCUCUACCUCUCCUUGCCCUACCCCAGAUCUGCACGCACCUACUCCUACCUCUUUUCGGAGCCCAGCCGCAUGGCCGGGAUAGUCCAACCUUACCCCAGCUGGAUGGAGGCUGACCAUGCUGAUGACCUGCAGUAUGUGUUCGGCAAGCCCUUCACAACGCCCCUGGCAUACUGGCCCAGCCACCGUGACGUCUCCAGAUACUUGAUUGCCUACUGGACCAACUUCGCCAGGACUGGAGACCCCAACAACGGGGAGUCGAAGGUGCCUGUGACCUGGCCUGCAUACACCACCUCUGGGCAAAAGUACCUGGAGAUCAAUGCCCACAUGAACAAGAACUACGUCCAUGAGAAGAUGAGGGUGCGCUUUGUGAACUGGUGGUCUAACAUUUUUCCCAGCCUGCCCUCUGUCUGAGAAAGCUCUCCCUGAGCACAGGCUCCCUGAUGCAUCAUUCACAGCUAUACAAAUUGUUCUUGUUAUGUCACAAAUGCAAGUAUUACCAGAUGCAUUUCUGAUUGUAUUUUUUUUUAUUGACAAAUUAAAUUAAUGCAAUUAAGAAGUCUA